CCCCCAGGCAAAGAAGCACUGGACCUUAGUUAUGAGGGUGGCAAACAUGAGGCCUUUGAUGGCCUAUCAGAGCAAGUCGCGUCGCUAUCUGUUUGUCGCUAUGUAGACCCACGCACUCGUCAUGAUCGUAUCGAGGUCCAGACUGGGCAUUGGAACAUUCAACUUGAUCGCUUGGUUGAUGUGUAUAUAGACUAUCGUGAUCGCAACUGGCAGGGUGAUGGCGUGCCGAGCAUCCCAGACGGUGUCAUAAAUCCUGAUGGAAGCCAUUGCAUAUCGCUUGCUAAUAUUGAACUAGUUGAUCUAUUU